AUGAAAUUCCUUGAAGCCCGCUCUUCGGGACCUGGAACGCCCAACUUCCUGAUGUUAACAUACAUAGCGGACGCUUUCUAUACCAUCUGCUUUCGCUUGGCAGUCGAUUGGAUUCCUGGACACGCGAGACACCAAUUUGCUCAUGAAAUGGUGCUGUUCACGCCUGUUACGCCAUUCGCCCCCAAGCAAGUCAUCGUAUUGUCUACGAACGUAAUCACCAUUUCGUUGUCAGACUCAAGUCAAGGCGCCGAUGCCGAGCGCGAAGUGGUAGUGGUAGCUGUUGCGAAUCUUCUGGAGUAUUUUCGAAUCUACCUUCUCUACGCCUGCAUCGAUGUUGCAUGCUCGAAAAAUGCCAGUGUUGGAUCGAUUGUUGGAAUCGCCUUGCAUAUUCAUACGGUUGAUGUCUACAGUCUACUUAACACCGAGCCGGUUGAGAGGCACGAUCUGGAUAGUCAAAAGACACGGACAUCGGACUGCCCAAAGAUCAAGCAUCAUAAUCAGGACCUAGGCAACACCAAUGCCGGAGAAGACAUUCCGAGCAGGGCAGUAUUACCGAACACACUACAGGAAUUCAUGCUUCAAGAUCAGAGAGAGCAAUCGAAGCAUACACCAUCGUGGAACACAGUACGUACAUCAAGAUCCGCACAGCACUCCGUUCAGUAUCCAGCAAUGCGAUACGAAGCGUCUCUCCUUGCGGCAAGUGGCAUCAUCGGCAUGGAAUCCAAUAGCCUGGCGGCACGGAAGCAGAUGAGAUUGGUACUUCCGUGGCGAUUCAUCUGUGCAGUCCAUAUCAUAGCAGCGGUCGCGAAUCAAGCAGGUCGUGAGGCAGGUCAAAUGGCAGGUCAAGAGGCAGGUCAUGGAGCAGGUCAUAAAGCAGGCUGUGAAGUAAGUCAUGAAGCAGGUCCCGGUCAUCAGGUCAUUGGACAGGUCAUGGGGCAGGUCGUGAACCAGAUCAUGAACCAGGCAGGUUAUGCCACCACCAUCAACCAGGUCAUGAAGCAGGUCACGAAGCAGGUGGUCAGUUCAUGGGACAGGCUAUGCCACCCCCAUCAACUAGGUCAUGAAGCAGGUCACGAAGCAGGUGGUCAGUUCAUAAGACAGGCGAUGCCAUCCCCAUCAACCAGGUGGCCAGUUCAUAAGACAGGCGAUGCUAUCCCCACCAACCAGGUCAUGAAGCAGACAGGCUAUGCCAUUAUGAUAGCCAUGAAGCAAGUUAUGGAGCAGGUCGUGAAGCAAGCCGUGAAGCAGGUCAUGAAGCAGGUUAUAGAGCAGGCCGUCAUGAAUCAGGUUAUGAAUCAGGAAGCAGGUCAUCGGGAGACAGGUUAUGAGGCUGGUCAUGCCAUCACGAUCAAGCAGGUUAUGAAGCAGAGCAGGCUGAAGUGGGCACUUCAGCGCGUUCUUGCCAACAACGAGUUGGACAUCGUUGCCAACGUUAGGAGGCCUACUGGCGUCAUCAUCCAGCUGUGGGAUCUCUGCAGGACUAAAUUCUGGACGGUCUCGGUGAAGACCUGCUUUGCAGCAGCGGCUCUCUGGUCCUUGUCAUACUUGCACCGCUUCUUCCCAGACAACCAAGCUCGCGGAUCUGACGGUUAUCCUGCCUCGUAUACAAUGCUGGGUUGCGUGCCUGUAUUGCCUGUCAACACUACCACUACCUCUACCUCCACGCCUACGCAUACGACGUCGAGAAGGAGGACAUUCUACAUCACGGCCAGACUGUAUGAAGCCUCCGCUCAUAAGCCGAGGAGGUUCUGCAGUUGCCAUGCGUACAACGCGACCGAACGCAGCAUCAUCAUCAUCAAAAGCGGCAUCAUCGUCGGAAGCAGCAUCCUCAUCAUCGAAAGCGGCAUCAUCAUUAUCGAAAGCGGGCCCAUCAUCGAAAACGCAUCAUCAUCGGCCUCGUAUCCAUCAGACUGCGCUGGCUCAUGA